UAUUUGCGUUUCUUGUUUGUGCAAAUGCCCGGCUCUUGAAUAUUUAGCAGAUGAAAACAUGUCCAACUCGGUUAAUAUAUCCGUGGAGACGACGUGCGAGAACCAAAUACGUGAGAUCACUUACGAUGGCGUUGAGAUGUACCAAGCGCCGCCGACGCUUUCAGAGAGUCUUGCAAAGUGCGCGGCACGCAUAGACUUCAGCAAAACGUCGUUGGAUGAUCUAAAGAAAGAAGAAAAAUCAGCUGCAGCGGCAACUGAUGAUGACAAGGAUGCCAAUCAAUUUCAGGAAAGCCUUUGGCCCUGGGAUUCAGUGCGCAAUAAGCUGAAGGAUGCGUACACCGAAAUAUGUGUGCUAUCCGAUGUAAUAUCGAUUGCCAAGGAUAAGCGUUACCUAGUGCUGGAUCCACUGCUGGAGGAUGGUGAUGAUACAAAGCCCAUCGUGCAAGUGUACAGUCGGAAAAAGGCACUUUCACAGGCUGCUCAGGUGCUAUUGAGCGGGGCCGAGCGGCUACGAAAUGCCCACAGUGAGCAGCGUAGUCGCAACGUAUCCGACUUUCACAUUGAGCUACUGCGUCUACGACAGAAUUGGCGCUUGAAGAAGGUCUCCAAUGGUGCGAUCAUUGGCGAUCUAAGCUAUCGCACAGCGGGCUCCAAGUUCGGCAUGAGCGGCACUUUUGAGGUGACCAAAGCGGAGGAAGUUAUGGACGACGAGGGUGCCGGUUGCAGUACAAAUGCUACCUCCUGUACGAGCAGCAGCAGCACCACCAACAAUGGAUUGCAGCUAAAGACAAGCUCGGCGCUGCGCGUAAUUGUGCCCGCCGAGCUGCAGGGCGUUGCAUACAUUAAAGUCAUCACACAAAAGGAUCAAGAAGAUCUUUGCACGGCACAGGUAAACCUAAUGGGCCAUGGACCCAAUAUAACUGCCCAGGUAGGAGUUUGGCAAAAAACAUUGGAGUUCGCACAGAAUGUGCUGUUUUGCAAGGAACUGUUUGCCCAGCUGGCACGCGAGGCAAUCCAGCUGCAGGCGCCUAUACCCCAUGUAGUCAUUGGCAAUCAGAUUCGUGCCACAUUGCUGCCCAAUAUCCAAUUAAUAAUCUCCCUAUGCCACUCGACUAGCUUCGAUUCGAACCAGCCAGCGCCAAUUAACGAUCACGAUCAUGUGCUGGAGCACUCGCUGCAUCAGCUCUUGCGGGAGGUGCACUUUAAGAAUUCGCAUCAUCCAUUUCCUCAUCCGGCCAGCGCACCGCUGGGACCCAGCAAGAAGCGCAUGAUUGCGGGUCCUACAGCAGCGGAUCGGGAAUCGCUAUUGGACAUGACCAAGACGCAGACAAUACUAGAGCAAAUUAUUGCUCAGGCGCAGCACAUCUUCAUGCGUAAGCGCACUCAAUAUGUACUGGAUACGCUGGCACGCGAUGUGAAGGAUCCGCAAAUCGUGUCGCAUUGGAAUGCCAUGAACAGCCCGACAAUGUCCUGCGUCAAGAUCAACAUUGUGACGCAUGGCUACGAUGCCAUCGGGCGCACCUCGCUGGUCAUACACGUGAAGGAGCGUUCGCUGAAGUGCAUUUGCCGCGAUGGGCGCGUCAUGAAACUGUCAUAUGAGCCACAAGAACUGCGAGAUCUCAUACUCUGCCAAAUUAAUUCGCAUCAGAUCAGCUGUCUUGUCAGCUUGGCCCGCUACAUGGCCUGGACAGUGCUCUCAAAUAGCAAUCACUUGGGCAUUGGCAAGGUGGAACCGCUUGGCAAUGCCAGUUCUUGUUUACUGGGCUCACCCAACAGCGAUCGCAUGAUUGCCGUUCAAAUACGCUGCGAUCCGCAAAUCGAUGUCAAGGUCUACAUAGCGCGGAGUCCCCGCGCAGACUUCUUUCCCAGUCCCCUGGUGCCGGAGAAGUUCUGGGAGAACCUUGGUGGCAAUUUCAAAGAGGUGCGUUUUGACAAAAUCGAAGGAAAAAGUUUUCUGAAUAAAAUGGAAUUCCUGAUGGCAUCCCUGACCAGCAACAGCACAUGAAAAGGCGCAGAUAUUAGUUAACUAACAUAUUAUUUAUAAUUACUAAAAAAAGUUAUUUAAGUAAGCUACAGUAUG